CAUCUUUUCAGCCUUUAACUGUAUUGUUAGGAUGACCUACAUAUGCACUUUCCAACGUCGGAUAUCAUACCUCUUUCCAACUUUCUAAGGUUUAGGUACCUGUAAGUUCUUUGAUACCGCAUAAGCGAUCAAUCACCUUAUUAACUUCAAUUUUACAUCAAACUCCGGUUGCCUGGGUUAGAAUUAGGUACAUACCUGAUAUUCGCAAAUAAAUCUGAAGACUACCUAAAAUAAAUAUAUCAAUCAAACCUUUGGCCGGUAUGCGAUAUUCCUAUUUCUAAUUUCAUCAGCGCAACAGGCGCAAACUGGCAAGAUGGCAUUCUCCGCCAUCAACGUCGAACCCGAGGAGAACAUUGACGAAGAGAUCGAUGAUACCCGCGAAAUUCAGAUCGACGAAGCUUUGAAACGCUUCCAAACUGCUCUUAAGCUUCAUGCGCAAGGCCCCAAGCACUACGAAGAAGCAUCGUCGGCAUACGAAUUGUUGUUUGAAUCUGAUAUAUUUCGAUACCCUGAAAGUUCCACCGACUUUGAGCGCGCCGAACGCCAGUCCGAUCCCCGAAAUCUCGGCGUCGAUGCCCCAUUCCCUCAACCACUUGAUAUCACCCAAGGAGACAUAGACGGCAGUGGUAGCAGCUUACCCCAGACUCUUUACCUCGCUUAUAAGAAUCAUGGCCAGUUUGCCCUAGACAACAUUAGACAUUUGGUUAAGGCCGCAGGAGAUGCCGCAUCCGUGCUCAAAGAUAAGCAGGUGCUCGAAGCCGCUCAGAAGGCCCUUUACGAAUUUAGUACAGCCCUAGACUUCGAUCCGUCGGAUGCCGAAUUAUGGAGAAGGGCCGCGCGCGUUGCAGCGUUCCUGAACAGCGCCAGGAUCAGUCGAUAUUGUCUCGAGGCCGCCAUUGAACUUGAUGAUGAUCCGGCUGUGGAUGAAGUUGAGCCGCCCUCUUUAGCCGAGGGGUUCGCCGGCGAGCAAUUGAAGAAGCAACUCGAUGUCUUGUCCGACGAUCUAGCCCUGUCGCAUCCGAUCAUGACUCCGUUUAUAAAUAAGUCGAUACCGGAGCGUCUUAAGAAGCACCUCGAUCCCUUUCCAUUCCUCCCCAAUCCUACCGACUCGCUCGCGUCCCUAAAUGCUGCCGCCUUGACGGACCAGUCUGCACCCCGGCGACUUGUCAUUUGUGUCCCUACAGCUUCGUGGACGGAUUUGGGAAUGUCGCUUGUCAAGUUAGUCGCAGCGAGUGGUAUAUCCGGAGAGGCGGUUACUCUGAGUCUUCCAGAUAUACCAGACGUAGAAUCCGAUGUUGAAAUGCUCAGCAACAAGCCGAACCUGUCCUUACCACAGAAGAAUGGGACUGUCCAGCCGCCCCCUGAAAAUAAGGGACUAGUACAGCCUAAAUAUGACCAGAGCGAUUCUCCAAAGGAAGGCGUCGUCGGCAAUGGCACCGCUGCCGAAGAUGCGCGGGGUGAACGUAGCGCUUCUGUCCUUUCGAGAAAGCGUUCGCAAUCUACGGCGGGGUUUCCCGAAGCAAUCGACGAAGAAGUGACAGAUCAGAAGAGGAGUAAGCGUAUUCGACGCCGAGAAACUGCUGGAGAGGUCAUGGAUACAAAUACCCAAUACGCUACUCAGUUACAGCCAUUCCAGGCUGCCGACCAGAACCUCUUCCAAAUGACGCGCAAUAUGAUAGAAAACUUAGGAGUCACCGACCGUGACACUCUCGAUCGAGUGGCUGAGGUUAUUGACUCUUGCGCGUCUUCUACUCGGACUGCUAAGCUUGAACGGCCGGCUAUGGUUGAUCUGCGCAAUUCUCUCAUCAAAUUCGACGAGGAGAGUACUAGAGUAGUUUUUAAUAAGAAGGAGGCUUCGUCUGUAGGAUUCUCGUCCUUCCUCGAGCACUCAAAGCCUGGAUCUCAAAAUAAGCGCGAGACGCCCAUGUUCCACGAGACCAGGGGCUUGAAGGCCUUCGUCCAAAGUGUCAACGACGGCUGGAUAGGAAUCCAAGACGUCGCUUUCGAGUGGGUCAAGCACGUUUGCACGACUUAUCUCACAAGCAAGUGGUCGGACUCCAUGAAGACUGCAGUUGUUCAAGUGAUCAGCCAUCUCGACGAGGAUAUCUGGAAUCGUAUGCAGUACGAACUCGAAUGUCAUACCGCGUCUAAAGAUCCAGCCGCGACAUUGGCUACGAUUGAUCAAAUAGUCCAGAUGCUAUUCGAACUGCACUUGGACGUAUACGAACGGAUCAAUAACCCAAAUAGCGCCGUAGACUAUGCCAUUCGUGUGGAGACUAAAGGAAGAUUGGGACGCUGGUUCACGCUUGCCUCACAAAUGAGCCGAUGUCGUCCUGAAAAUGCGGAUCGACUGCUAUCCCUCCGAUUCCUAUGGUCGGCCGUCUUCGCCGUUACUCUGACGGAGGGUGUAUCGAGAGAUCAUGUCCUGCAAUGCUGGAAGAGCCUGCGUGAUAGGCUCAGCGAAGAAGAAGAGCCUUUCGAUGUUCGGCUGCCAAACAAUGCGAUUAUGCCAGAAGUCUCUGCCCGUGCGGCCGAUAGAGAAAUAUCCAAGCUUACAACCAUGGAUUUCUUCCUUGGCUUAUUCCAGAACGAUCUUAGCAACCCCGUUUCUAUCAUCGAGAGCCUGGAGCCGGUCCUGAACCCCUCUUCCGUUUAUAUAGCAGCAAAUGAUCCUGAAGCUAUGGCGCUCGACGAAGAUCCCCCGGCACCGACGGCUAUCGGUAAGAGUCUACCCAUCUCAAAGGCUGCAGAUCAAGGUCUCCGUGAUCUCUGGAAGUUUUUGUUAGGAGCAAGCACUGAAUUGAGAUUGUUCUUGUGGACACGCCUCGGGGAGGCCUAUAACGCUAUUGACUACACAACGAAACAAUUCUCGUGCUUUCUCAAAAGUAUCGAGAUGGUUGUGGGCGACUUCGAGCAAGAUUCUUAUUUGAACAUGCCUGCCGAAGCGCGCCACGCUCUCUUCCUGAAGAUGCUUAGAUUUCUAGACGAAUUGUUAAUCCAGUCGCUUUCGAUGGCGCUUAACGAUGCUACAGCGUUUGACAUUAUAGACGACGAGCACCUAAGGUCUAGCAUUUCGGCUUUGACGAAACUUUCCUGCUUGCUACACGUAUCUUGUAUGUAUGAAGACGAGGUACGAGUAGGGAUGAAGCAGCACGUUUCGAGCGGCGCAACCUUCCAGUCUUUCUUGACAAAGCUUCGCGAGAUGCAAGUUAGGAACUGGUCUCUGCUGUAUACGAUGCUGAAGGCUGGUAUUUCACAGAACAGGGCAGGCUUCACCACUCCUGACAGCGAUCUUGCGGAUUAUCUAGCGGCUAUUCAUCAAGUUCUAGGUCUCAGAAAAUUCUGCAAGGCGUCUAAUAAGAUCUUCCUCAAAAUGAUGCGGGUUGAGCUUUUGAAGCAGAACCUCAUAGACAACUGGGAGGAUUACCUCGGUCAGGUCCUUUACGAUCUUUACGGCUUGAAGCUUGGAGUAGGCCUUAGCGAAGUGCAAGACCACGGAUGCCCCCCUGAAAAGCUCGAGCGACGUAAUACGACAGCGCUGGUAGAGAGGAUAUCCGUCCUGGCUAACCGCAUGCCGAUGAAAGACCUACUGAAAUCGGAUCUGAAAACGACGAUAGAGCACAUGCAACAAGCUAUUGGGCAAACUAAAUCGAAUCAGCAGUUCAUACAAAAUCUCAGGAUCUUUAACCAAACUCUACAGCGACCCAUCCCACCACUUCGCUUAUACGAAGCCCUCAAAGGUAAUAUAUCCAUCGACGCGGUUACGGUUAACACCCCGGAUAGCGCCCUGGCUAAACACGGAUGGUUCUUCCUCCUGGGCAUGAUCGCGUUCACUAAGUUCAAAGGCGUGGAUCUCAAUAGGAGGCAGACGCCAGGCGCUACUGACGACCUUCGCAUCGGCGCCACCUUUCUACGCCAGCAGCUACAGUUCACCCCCGAUCAAUGGGAUGCUUGGUUUAGACUUGCGGAGUGCUUUGAUUACGAGCUCGACGAGUCUGUUCUCUGGACGGCAGAUAAGAUGAACAAGGAGAGAGCAGAACUAGUGAAGUAUCAACGAAGCGCAAUCCACUGCUACACCCUCGCAUUAUCGCAAUCUCGAAACACGCCACCUGAUGCGCUCAGCGAACGUUCCGAUGACAUUCACGACCUAUAUCAUAAAUUCGGUAUGCGUAUGUAUGCCUCCAGCCGAGAGCCGUUCGCGAUGGAGCCCUUCCACCACUCUGAACACAAAAGAUUCGUUAUCCUCGAAUCCGGGGUCGAGUCGAAGGAUCUUCACUCUCAAAUGGAAGACUACAAAGUAUGGAAGUAUGCUGCUAGACUAUUCGCCAAAGCCAUGGAGGUCAAGCCGAAGCAGUGGCAGAAUCCAUACAUGGUGGCUAAGUGUAUCUGGAAGAUGUAUCAGAAACCGCCGACAUCGCUCGAUCAUAGGGACAGACGAGAUCGGCCUACUAUGCAAGCUGUUAUCAACGCCCUCGAAAAGGCUGUCGAGGUCGUAUCCGCGCUACCAAAGCCGCGUCACGGCCAAGAUCCAAUUCUAGAGCCCCAUUACAAGAUCGUUUCGAUCAUACACAAGCUGGUGACACGAGGAGACAUGACACCGCAAGCGGCAGCUGACGUACUCCAGCGCCAGCCAUACGCAAUUCAAGACGGGGAACACAUCGAGAUUUCGGAGCCAGAAGACUGGGAGCCAUACGUAAUUAAGACGCUCACUCAUCUGCGAGAGAAAGACAGAUCAAAUUGGCAACACCGCAUUAUCAUGCGCCAUGCCCGAAUACUGUUUGACGAGAACUCGGAAGAGCAGAGCUACGUGCAGGCAGUGGCUGCUUUUGGCGUGCUAAGGGAGUCGAUGCUAACCAAGACCAUGGUGUUGAACGUAUGGAAGUGCGAUGCGGAGCGACCAGGUCGACAUCACGUCUACACGGAGCAGUAUGUUCGAUUUGCUGUUAAGCUCUUAGUCGUCCUAAAGGACAGGACCAACUUUGAAGCUUUACUUCGCCGUUUACGCAAAAAAGGGGCGGACUUUUAUCAUUUCAACGAUCUUUGGCAGACUUGUUGCAUUGCGUAUUUACGACUUAUCCGACAGACGUAUCAGAUUUCGCCGGUACUUGAAGACGAUUUCAAACAGAUUAGCCCUGACGAGUUUGAUAUCAUCACUUCCAGGAUUAGUGAAUGGUCCUCGGAUCCGUCUUCGUCUCACCCCGCGCUCAGCGCUUUGCAAGAGACAAUAGAACUGAAAAAGCUCAAUGCGGGUUUGAUGAAAGCCGGUGCCAUCGAUGAUCUAAUUAGUGACUGCUAUACGGCGUUGUAUUCCGAGAUCGGAAAGACUUUACCUGGCCCUCCCGUGUCUACCUUAAUUGCGGAGAGGGAACAAGCGCGCCAGCGAGAGGAAUCUCGGUCUGCCGAUAAGCUGGCUGUGGGAGAAUCUAAGCUGACCAACUCCUUGAGCAGCCUCUUGAACCCACAGUCGCACGAGAAUUCAGGCGCAGAGGGCGCGACUGGAGAUUCUGCACCAGCGAAUGCGGAAGGGCCUCAACGACCUCGCAAAGUCGGAAUUAGGAGAGCUGAUAUUCUACGCAAGGCUGAGCAAGCAGUUGUGCGCGCUCAGGAAGGACCGAAACCUACCAGUACUAAAUCUCGAGGCUCUGUCUCGAGCAGUAAGACACCCGCAGCAGAGGAAGGGAAACAGGACGAUGCAGUUGACGACUUAAGGAGCGACGACGGCGCUCCCGAAGAUGACGUGGAGAUGAAGGAUGAGGAGGGCGAGGGCGAGGGCGAGGGUGAGGACGAGGGCGAUUUGAGCUCGGCGCCCGGAAGCGUCCAUGACUCUGCCGAUGAUGAGAGCGACUUAAGCGACGCGCCACCGGAAGACGUGCUAGAUGAAGAUGAGCUGAGGCAGCUAAUGUUCCCAAAUCUGACACGGAGGAGUCUCGACACAACCGUGGAGAAUUCAGACACGGAGUCCCGCGGUGAAGAUUCAUCCGAUGAAGAGGCUCAAGAAGCCGAAUAGUAAGUGGAUUAAAACUACCUAACCUAACCUAGGUAGGCUUACGUGUAUUAUAUGCUAUAUGCCACCUGUAGAAAAUCUUGUGGGUGACAAAAUGCGUGUGGAUUAAAUUACGGUUAUUCGUUUGGGUACCGGAGUUAGACCAGCGGUUUGCUAGAUGCAUUAUUAGGUUUCCCCUGGAAUUUAAAGAGUUGUACAAAGAUGGUGAUGCUAGUAGGGGUGAUUUGUAUUACCAAAGUCUUUGAAACGGAAUUGCGUAUAAAACGGCUAUGAAGCUCCUUUUUCAUGCUUGCCCUAUCGUUAAGGUUAAAGCAAUACGCAACUUACGAGCUUAGGAGGUAUGGUAGAUACCCAAUUUUCUAAGUCAAAAACAUUCACGACUCGAAAGACGAAAAAUACUGUGUCUAGGUAAUCUCGGAAAUAAAGGUCAAAUUUCAAGUUAUUUAAUUAUAAAUUAUAAUUAUUCAAUAUUCAAUAUUUCAUUGGCUAUCCUGUACCAUACACCCCGUCGUUCGUAUGUGGGCU